CAACCACGAUGCGGGUAGGUGGGGGGGUGUUGUUUGUGGGGAUAUACUGCCAGGGACUGACCACACAGUACCAGUAGUGUGAUACGGUCACACAGGGGCCUUUCAGUGCAGCCACCACAGAGACCCCCGUAACCUGCUUAAACAGCACAGCCAUGCUGCAGAUAUUGAAGCAUGCACGCCUUGUAAGUGGACAAGUCUGUGGACCAUCAAUUAGCACGACUGUGAUUGCAGGUGCUUGGCUCCGGCCGCCUCUCCACGGGUGACUGCUGGCAUGCAGGCAUCGGCAGCUCACUACAGCACAGGCAGCGCCGAGUCGGAGCAUGGGACAGGCCCACGGCGUCACGUCAUCCUGCUGGGGACUGCCCUUGGUGUGGGUACAGUUAUGGCUCUGGGACUGUAUCAGAACUUACAUCAGGUGUCUCAAGCCAAGGAAAAGGCAGCCCUGAUGCCCAGCAGCUCAGAUGCAGAGAUGCCUGUGAAAGCCAUCGAAUCGGUCGCAGUGACAGAGCUGCCGAUCUACACAGAGGCGGAGGUGGCCAAGCACCGCACUCCCUCGGACAAGAUCUGGGUGUCCUACAAGGGUGGUGUGUAUGACAUCACCGCCUUUGUGGAGCUGCACCCGGGCGGGGACAAGAUUCUGCUGGCAGCCGGCGGGGCCUUGGAGCCGUUCUGGGCCAUGUACGCCGUUCACAACAACGAACACGUGCUGGAGAUCCUGGAGGAGUACCGCAUCGGCCGCUUGGACCAGAGCUCCGUUACGGCGGCGUCUUUGGACCUCUCUGACCCGUACUCCACUGAUCCUGCGCGACUACCGAUUCUCCGAAUCAACAGCCUCAAGCCCUUCAACGCCGAGCCGCCGUCGCAGCUGCUGGCGGACACGUACCUCACCCCGAACGCGAUCUUCUUCAAGCGCAACCACCUGCCGGUGCCCGUAAUCGACCCAGAGACGUAUCGCCUCGAGGUUCAGGGGCUUGGCAUGAAGAGGCCCAUCAGCCUCUCGCUGCACGACCUGAAGAGCAAAUUCAAGAAGCACGAGGUGGUCGCUACGCUUCAGUGCGCGGGAAACCGCCGUACGGAGAUGAACCGCGUGCGGCAAGUGAAGGGCCUGGAGUGGGGCAUAGCGGCUAUCGGGACGGCUCGCUGGGGUGGGGUGCUUCUGCGCGAUGUGCUGCUCUAUGCCGGCGUGAAAGAAGAUCAGCUUCCGCAGAACGGGCAUGUGCAAUUUGAGGGCCUGGACAAGGACGUGACUGGCAGCGCGUACGGGGCGUCUGUGCCGCUGCACAAGGCCCUGGACCGCCGUGCCGACGUGCUGCUCGCCUACGAGAUGAACGGCGAGGAGUUGCCCCGUGAUCACGGCUUCCCGCUGCGCGCCAUCGUGCCCGGCAUCGUGGGCGCCCGCAACGUCAAAUGGCUGGGCCGCGUGCUGCUCAGUCAUGACGAGAGUCUCAGCCACUGGCAGCAGAACGACUACAAGGGCUUCUCACCUUCCGUCGACUGGGACACCGUCGACUACAAAACUGCCCCAGCCAUACAGGAGCUGCCGGUGCAGUCGGCCAUCACGGAGCCUGUGGAUGGCACGGAGCUGACGGAGAAUGCGGAUGAGGUGACGGUGCGCGGAUAUGCAUGGAGCGGCGGCGGGCGCAGCGUGGUGCGUGUGGACGUGUCGCUGGACGGCGGGCGCACGUGGCAGACGGCGGAGCUGCUACCGCCCUCCAACGACUCAGCACCGCAGGACGAGGGUCGCGCGUGGGCCUGGAAGCUGUGGAGCCUGACGGCACCCAUCCCGAACGGACAGCGCAGCCUGGAGAUCGUCUGCAAGGCGGUGGACAGCGCUUACAAUGUGCAGCCCGACUCAUUUGCACCCAUCUGGAACCUGCGUGGCGUGCUGGCCACCGCUUGGCACAGGGUUAAUGUCAAGGUGCCGAGUGACGAGAAGAAAUGAGGUACCCCCUAGACAAGGUUAUCUGCGCUUGGCUUUCAUUCAACAAAAA